AUGACCCGCCUGUUGCAUCUUCUGAGCGGUACCCUGAUCAGACUUUUAACCUAUAUUGGUCCCACGCAUCUUGACGACACAAUAAAUGCAGUAGGAAGGAUGAAAAGGCUUGAAGCAUUAAACAUCUUGAUCAAUAACGACUUCAAAUCUGCAGUGAUUCCAAAUGCAGAUUACAAGGGCUCUUCACUAAUUUCGCUGACUCUCUGGGUGGAUUCGACAUAUAUUCAUACGGCAGAUCUCAUUGCCUCCUUUUGCCGUUACAGACCCCCUCUGAAGUGGCUUUCUGUAUCCGGAAAGACGCGAAUUUCGGCGUGGAAGUUUGAUUUGCGGUCGCUCGAGUGCCUUCGCGAUCUCGCACUUGACUUUCCUGAAUUGCCGGUGACUGAAAUCCCCAACGUCGAAAGUUUCAGUGUUGUUGCAUCCGUAGGGCAGUUUCGGUACUGGCGUUCGGCUUCAGUAUUGCACCUACGAUGCGGCAUUACCGUCCAAGAGCCUGAUCAGCCAUUUUUUACCCUCGACUCGUGCUGCUGGCCCAAUAUAGAGUCAUUGACCAUCGAAGAUCGCCAUCUCCGUCCUGACCCGCAACUGGAUGUUCGUUUGAAUCUCUCGAAUCUCCGCCAAAUUAUGCUAUACCCGGGAGACGAGGCUGGUAUCUGUCAUGAAUUGGCAAUGCACCCCCAAGGCGUUCCUAGGUUAGAGGAAAUCAGAUUGAUACCACCACCCGAGUGGGAUAUACUGUUUAUUAUGAUAGAGCGCCGACUUGCUCUCAGUGUAAAGGGACUCACUCCAAUAUCUCAGUUGACGUUUGGAUGCGCCCCACCAGAAGAGAUCCGAGUUCCACUGGUCAGCUUGCUCAAAGGACAUAUUACUCGAAGAUUAUCAAACUACGAGCUUUCGGUACAAGGGAACAUUCUAUUGGUUCUUGGGAGGCAUCAGUAA